GGUUGCUACAGGCUGGACGGUGUAACAGUAGUGCCAAUAUCUCUCUUCUGAUAGCAUCAAACGGAUCAAGGUGUGCUGUACCCACAACCCAGUGUUUUGUCACUGUCGAAAACAAAAUUCAGAACAUAAAACGUCGGAUUUUGAUUACAAAGGUACUACAGCAGCAUGAGCGUCAUCGACAUUCUCACCAGAGUUGACUCGAUUUGUAAGAAGUACGACAAAUACGACGUCGAAAAGCAAAAGGAUUCCAAUUUGUCCGGCGACGAUGCCUUCGCCAGACUCUACGCCGUCGUCGACGCCGACAUCGAGGCCGCGCUUCAGAAAGCAGAAACCGCUUCCAAGGAGAAAAGUAGGGCAUCUACUGUAGCGAUCAAUGCUGAGAUUCGUCGUACCAAGGCUAGGUUGCUCGAGGAGGUACCGAAGUUGCAGAGGUUGGCUGUGAAAAAGGUAAAGGGACUUUCAUCACAAGAAUUUGCUGCCCGUAAUGAUUUGGUUCUUGCUUUGCCGGAUAGGAUCCAAGCUAUCCCAGAUGGGACCCCUGCUGCACCCAAACAAACUGGAGGUUGGGCAGCUUCUGCCUCACGUCCUGAAAUUAAAUUUGAUUCAGAUGGGCGAUUUGAUGAUGAAUAUUUCCAACAAACUGAAGAAACAAGUCAAUUCAGGCAGGAGUAUGAAAUGCGUAAAAUAAAACAGGAUCAAGGUUUGGAUGUGAUUGCUGAAGGAUUGGAUACUUUGAAAGACAUGGCACAUGAUAUGAAUGAGGAAAUGGAUAGACAAGUUCCACUGAUGGAUGAGAUUGAUACGAAGGUGGACAAGGCAUCCUCAGACCUUAAGAAUACCAAUGUUAGACUUAAAGACACGGUGAACCAGCUUCGAUCCAGUCGAAACUUCUGUAUUGAUAUUGUUUUGUUGAUUAUAAUUUUGGGAAUUGCUGCCUAUUUGUACAAUGUGCUAAAGAAAUGAUACGGCAUACAAGGCCGUUGGAUCUAUUCGUGUGGCUUACCUGUAUUUAUUUUAUUUUCUUGAGAAUAUCGUGUCUAUUUAUAUAAAUUUUAUUUUUUGUGAAUUUUUCCUGUCACUUGAGAGAUACAUUUGUCCUUUAUAAACAGACUCGGUAUGCCGUUAUGUUAUAUGCCGAGUAGUUUAUAUAUUUUUGGUAUGUGUUGACACUGAAUCUGGCUCUUGUAUUAUAUGCCCAUCUUUAAAAACUUGU